AAGUUAGUUUGAGGCGGGGCCUGCAGGGGGCGGGGCCUGCAGGAGCCGUGGUCAGGUAACUGGGCUGGGUUCCCACUAGGUGUGGUCUCGGAAGGCGGGGGCGGUGGCAACGUGGAGGGCGGGGGUGACAGCAGCCCCGAGCCCGCAGAGCCUCUGCUUCCGCCUGGUCCCAGCCUCGUGGGAGCCCCGCGGGUCCUGCCUAGAUGUGGACGACUGAGGCCUGUUGCAAGUGCAGAGCUCAGCCCUUGAACCCUCUGUCCCCAAGAGCUCCAUGCAGGUGCCACAGGAUGGAGAAGACCUUGCUGGCCAACCCUGGUACCACGGCCUCCUGUCCCGCCAGAAGGCUGAAGCUCUUCUUCAGCAAGAUGGCGACUUCCUGGUUCGUGCCUCUGGGUCUCGUGGGGGCCACCCCGUGAUCUCCUGCCGCUGGCGGGGCUCAGCCCUCCAUUUCGAGGUGUUCCGUGUGGCCCUGCGUCCCCGGCCAGGCCGACCCACAGCUCUCUUUCAGCUGGAGGAUGAGCAGUUCCCCAGCAUGCCCGCUCUGGUUCGCAGUUAUGUGACAGGCAGGCGCCCACUGUCCCAGGCCACAGGGGCUGUGGUCUCCAGGCCUGUGACUUGGCAGAGGCCUCUGCGACGCAGCUUUAGCGAGGACACCCUGAUGGAUGGCCCGGCUCGGACAGAGCCUCUCAGGGCAAGGAAGUGGAGCAACAGUCAGCCUGCAGAUUUGGCACAUAUGGGACAGUCAAGCGAAGACCCCACUGGGAUAGAAGCCUUCGCCACGCCCGUAUCUGCCUUGCCCCGAACGGGCAGUGACCCCGUGUUGCUGAAGGCCCCUGCUCCCCUGGGAACUGUUGCCAACAGUCUCAGAGCCUCCGAUGGGCAGCUUCAAGCCAAGGCACCAGCGAAGCCUCCCCGGACACCCUCCUUCGAACUUCCUGAUGCCUCUGAACGUCCCCCAACGUACUGCGAGCUGGUGCCCCGAGUACCCUGUGUCCAGGGAACAUCCCUGAGCCAAAGCUGCCCAGAGCCAGAGGCCCCAUGGUGGGAGGCUGAGGAGGAUGAGGAGGAAGAGAACAGAUGUUUUACAAGACCACAGGCUGAGAUCUCUUUCUGCCCCCCUGAUACCCCCUCCUGCCUCCUGGGCCCCCAGAAUCGGCCCCUGGAACCCCAAGUCCUGCAUACUCUCCGUGGCCUGUUCCUGGAACACCAUCCUGGGAGCACUGCCCUUCACUUGCUAUUGGUAGACUGCCAGGCCACAGGCCUCCUGGGAGUGACCAGGGUUCAGCGGGACAACAUGGGGGUCUCAUCUGGCCUGGAGCUGCUCACUCUUCCCCAUGGAUGUCGCUUGAGGUUGGAACUGCUAGAGAGGCAUGAGACACUGGCGCUGGCCGGGGCACUGGCAGUGCUGGGCUGCUCGGGGCCGCUGGAGGAGCGCGCAGCCGCACUGAGGGGCCUGGUAGAGCUGGCGCUGGCGCUGCGGCCAGGGGCAGCGGGGGACCUGCCCGGGCUGGCUGCGGUCAUGGGCGCCCUGCUCAUGCCCCAGGUUCGUGGGGAGCAGGGAGUGGAGGAAGCUGGAGUGCGGGUGACUGGGAAGACAGGAGAGGAGGCAUGCGCAGGUCUCUUCUCCCAGGUGUCCCGGUUGGAGCACACGUGGCGCCAGCUCCGAAGGAGCCACACGGAGGCUGCGCUGGCCUUUGAACAGGAACUGAAGCCGCUGAUGCGGGCUCUGGAUGAGGGCGUUGGACCCUGCGACCCCGGCGAGGUGGCGCUGCCGCACGUGGCACCCACGGUGCGCCUGCUGGAGGGCGAGGAAGUCGCAGGUCCGCUGGAUGAGAGCUGCGAGCGGCUGUUGCGCACCCUGCACGGGGCGCGUCACAUGGCCCGGGACGCACCCAAAUUCCGCAAGGUGGCAGCCCAGCGCCUGCGAGGUGAGCGUUCCCUCUGCUCUGUACUGCAGACUUCAGAUCCGGCAAGCUCUGGCCGGACCCCCAAACCCAACCUGUCCCAGGAAGGGAGCCUCUCGCCACGCCUCCCGGAGCCCCACCCAAACUGGGACGUCUCCACUCCAGGAAGGUUCUCACCCCAAGCAAACGCUGCUUCCAGCGGUAUUGAUAGGAACAGGGCCGUCUACCUCAAAGCGGGCUGUCCUGCCCCCAGAGCCACCUCCGCGGGUCCCCACUCCCCCUUCCCACCUAGAACGAUCCCGCACCCCAGGGAUCUCGAUCUCGAGGAACGCCCUGCUCCCUCCAAACGAUUCCUCCCUCCUAUCCUAGGGCAGCCCAGCCGACAGGAUCCCCCACCUUCCCCGACAACCUGGGAUCCCGCCACCAGUGCAGCCCCACGUCCAGGCACAGCCCCUAAGGCGGGACCCCCAGGAUCUGGCACCUGGAACAGGCCACCCCCUUGCACUCUAGUAGAGCCCCUCAGGCACCCCACCCCCAUUCCUGCAGAGGGCUGGAAGCCCCCUCCCCUCUGACCCCGCCUAGUCAUCCCGCAGGUGGGGCAAGUCCCUCCCGGGCCGCUGUUGGGUCAAAGUCCUCAGGGGAAAGGCAGGUGCGGGAGGUUGGGAGGGGCGAGGCGGGCGCCUGGGCCCCGCCCCCAGCCCACCUGACCUUGUUUCCAGGAUUCCGGCCUAACCCAGAGCUGAGGGAGGCCCUGACCACCGGCUUCCUGCGGAGGCUGCUCUGGGGUAGCCGGGGCGCGGGA